AUGUUAGAGAAUCAAAUAGCUCAACAGGAUAGCUCUUCAAAUAGUAAAGCUUUUGGGAAGCUUCCUAGCCAACCUGAGAAUACAAGGGAGCAAUGCAAUGCUGUUACUUUAAGAAGUGGAAAGCUAAUGGGGGAAGAACACAAAAUUGAAGUAAAGUUGAAAGAAAAGAAAGAUGAGUGUGAGAGUGAAUCCACUUCAACUAAAGCUAAAGCUAGUAAGGAAGCAAAUGAAGAGAAAGAAGAUAAAAAGAAAAUAGAAGAGAAAUAUGUGCCUCCUGCACCGUACAAGCCACCAUUGCCCUUUCCUCAGAGGUUUCAGAAAGCACAAUUAGAUAAGCAGUUUGGGAAAUUCCUUGAAGUUUUGAAGAAGUUGUUGGAAGAUUAUAAAACUGUUGCACUUACUGAGGAGUGUAGUGCUAUAUUGCAGAACAAGCUCCCACCUAAGCUGAAAGAUCCUGAAAGUUUUUCCAUACCAUGUCACAUUAGAGAAACAAGUAUUGAGAGAGCAUUAUGUGACUUGGGGGCUAGUGUUAGCUUGAUGCCGCUUUCCAUAUGUGAGAAGUUAAAGGUUGAAGAUCUAAAGCCCGCAACUAUUUCUUUGCAGUUAGCUGACAGAUCUAUAAAGUAUCCAGUUGGGAUUUUAGAGAAUGUGCCAUUAAAAGUUGGGAAGUUUUUCAUUCCAGUGGAUUUUAUUGUACUAGAGAUUGAGGAGGAUGCAAGAAUGCCCAUCAUACUUGGAAGGCCAUUUUUAGCCACUGCAGGAGCUAAUAUAGAUGUAAAGAGUGGAAAAUUGAAGAUGACAGUGGGGGAGGAGGAAAUAGAGUUUAAUUUAUUCCAAUAUUCCAAGGAACCAGCUAUGAUGAAUUCUUGUUAUAGGGUAGAUGUCAUAGAGCAUGAUGCUGAACUGAAGUUACUAAACUAG